AGAAAAAAAAACAGAUUUUAAUUCAGAAUGCUUAUUUUUUAGAAACUAAGAAAACCAAUUUAAAUACACAAGCAAAAACUUUUAUCUCCUUUUAAACUUGUAAUGAGUAUGUCAUAACUUAAAAACCUCAAUAUUAAUAUAAAUCAAAGCUAAAAUGAUAAGGCACAAUAUCGCAUUGUUUAAUUGUUAAAGAAUGAAUUGGAUUGUUUGCUUAUUAGCGAUUAAGAAGCUGAUAAAUCUGCAUGCUCAAUGAAUGUAUAGGUAGGUAAUUUAGAAGAUCCUAUUGAGUAUCAAGGUCUUGCUCACUUUUGCGAACAUAUGCUAUUCCUUGGAACUGAAAAGUAUCCAGUUGAGAGCGAGUACAAAUCUUAUUUGAAUAAACAUGCAGGCACAUAAAAUGCUUCAACUGGCCCUUUAAAUACAGUUUACCAUUUUUCUUGUGCCAAUGGUGAAGCAUUUGAAGGAGCUUUAGAUAGAUUUUCUUAAUUUUUUACAGCACCUCUUUUCACAGAAUCGUGCACGGAAAGAGAAAUGAAUGCAAUCGAGAACGAAAAUAAAAAGAACUUCAAUUCAGAUUCUCGUCGUAUUUAUCAAAUACAUAGGCACACAUGCAAAUAAGGUAGUGUCUAUAACAAAUUUGGUACAGGAAAUCUUGAAACACUCAAUAAACCUAAUGUUCGCUAAAAUUUAAUAGAGUUUCACAAAAAGUAUUACUCUGCAAACUAAAUGAAACUAGUCCUUUACUCAAACGAAACCCUUUCAAAGCUAGAGGAAUUAGCAGCUAAAUAUUUUGAAAAUAUUCCUAAUUCAAACAUUCAAGCUUUGUCUUAUAAAGAAAUUCCUUUUGGGAAAGAAGAACUUGCAAAAUAUAUUAAGAUGGUUCCAGUAUCUGAGAGUCACUAGUUAUAAUUAGGUUGGGUUGUGGAUUAUCACUAAAAUAGUUAUAAGCACAAAUCUUUGGAGUAUUUAUCUCAUUUGCUGGGACAUGAAGGAAAAAACUCUCUUCUGUCUUUGCUGAUAGAUGAAAAUUUAGCUUAUGAGCUAACUAGUGGUAUUAGUGAUUACUUGAAAUUGUAUUCUGAAUUAUAUGUAGAGAUUAUUUUAACUCCACAUGGUUAAAAUAAUAUUGAUAAAGUUCUAAAUAUUGUAGCUAAAUAUAUUUAAAUCAUAAAGACAACUCCAGUUUAGAAAUGGGUUUGGGAUGAAAUGAAAUAAAUCAAAUAGCUUACCUUUUAGUUCAAAGAAAGAUAGAAUCCUGUUAAUUAAGCAGUUUUACUCAGUCGCAAAAUGGGCGAAUACCCUUAUGAAGACAUUUUAAGUAGCUCUUACAUUAUGGAAGAAUAUAAUGAAGAAGAAAUUAAUAAAUACUUGUCUUAAGUAACAGUUGAAAAUUUGAGAAUUGCUAAUUUGUCUAAAACACUCUAAAGCGAAUGCCAAUUGAUUGAACCUGUCUAUGGAACAGCUUAUAAUAUUGAAGACAUAAGCUAAUAAGUGAGAAAUAUUUUUGAAAAUCCUUCAAUUGAUUUUAAGAAAUCCCAUAAGGUACUUGGAUUGCCUGAAAAGAAUCCAUUCCUUCCUAAGUCUUUGGUUUAACUACCAAUAGAAGAUGAAUUCUUGACAGAACCGAAAAUAAUACUCGAAAAUGAUAGGACUAGAGUGUGGUUUAAGUAGGAUAACAAGUUUAAAACUCCAAAGGGAGAAAUAGAACUUCAUAUCUACUGGAAAUAAGACAAUGAAUAUCUGAACGGAGUUUAGAAUCAAGUUUUGCAAAAUAUUUACAUUUAAUUAUUUAAAGACAGGAUUAGAGAAAUGCAAUACUUAGCUUCUUAGGCUAAUAUUAUUGAUCAAAGGUCAGCUUCUGAGAUAUACUAUAAGUACAAAGUUGAUGGUUUCAACGACUCCAUACCUGUAUACACUCGCCAUUUUUUACAAAUGCUAAUUGAUUUUCAUGAAAAUCCCCCUUAUGUCAAUCCCGAAGAAAAAUCAGAUUUCGAAGACAAAUUCAAAAUGUUUAUACAAAAAAAAGAAAUUUCAUUAAAAAAUUAUACCUUGCAAGCACCCUAUUAGACUGUCAGCAACCACUUCCAUUCGCUCAUCGAUUACAACUACAAUUGUAUAACUGAUUAGCUUGAUUUCAUUUAAUAAACUCCUAUUGAUAAAAUAAUAAAUCUCUACAAAUAUUAUCAUGAGCACAAUUUAGAUUCUAUCAGAUUCGAAUGGUCAUUCAUUGGUAAUUUCGAAAAGCAAGAAUCUAUUUCUCUUGCCUAAGAUGCAGAAAAAUUAUUCUUUGAAAAUUAAAAUAAGGCAAAAGGAAAGAGAUCUGUGCUUCCUAAAGAGGAAAUAUUCUACGGAAGAACAGUACAAAUUGAAAAAGAUAAACCAGUUAUUUACGAAUAGAUUUUAACAAAAGACCAAAUAAACUCUGCAUGUUAUACUGCCUUUUAAUUCUAUGAUGAAAAAUUAGAAUAAAGAAGCUCAGAAGCUAAACAUUUAAUUUUUAAAACAAGCAAUUAAUUGAGAGUGCUUCAUAAUAUACUAAAAUAGCCUGCAUUUUCUCAGUUGAGAACAAAGGAAUAACUUGGUUAUAUUGUGCAAGCAGGUAUUAAAUCAAUUCACAAAAUAUCAGGCAUCACCUUUUUAAUUCAAUCAAGCACAAAAUCCCCAGAAUACUUGUCAAGCAGGAUUUAGGUAUUUUUAGAAUCAAUGAAAUAAACUAUUCAAGAUUUAUCUGAAGAAGACUUCAAAAAGUUUAUCGAAUCUAUUCGCACCUAAUAUAAGUAAAAAUUCCUCAAUAUCUAUGAAGAAGCUAGAUAUUAUAAUGAUAUUAUAGAGGGAUAGUAAGAAUAUUUUGACAUUUUAGAUAGAUUAAUAGCUGAUUUAGACACCAUUUAAAAAUAAGACAUAGUAGAUUUAUUUAAUCACCUCUUCUUCAAUGAAAAAAGGUUGAUAGAAAUACAUUUAGUUUCUCCAAAUCAUGAAGGAGAGUAAACUAAAUUAUUAAAAGAAAGAAGAGAGCAAGAUGUUAACAUAACUGUUACUAAUUCUUAUGAAUAUACUUAAAAACUAUUAAAAUUAUUCCCUUCUUUCACUUACUAUAAAUGAAGUUUAUAAAUUAAUUUCAUUUUCAAAUUGGCUAAAUUAUAAAAUUUA